AUGUCACUAGUUCGUUUUCUUUCGGUUAAACCCGGUCUCAGUUCAGGUUCAGUUGCCGGUGCUCAUACCUUACCUACAACAUCAUCACAUGGAGCUGCUUCUGGAGGUCAUGAUUUCGGUCAUGGUCAUGAUCAUGAUUCACACGCUGCUCCAUGGGAAGGUGUGAACCUUUGGCGUACACCAUAUAAAGGUGAUACUGAUACAAUCACACAAGUCAAACGUACCAAAGGUACCCUUGACCGAUUUGUUGAAAAUCGUACACGACGCAUUCAAGAAUUACAAAUCUUUGCUCUUCGCAACAAGACUAUACCUACAUGGGUAAUGAUGCCACGAGAUAAACUUAUAUUAGGUGUUCAAGUUGUCAUAGCUGCUUAUGUAGUUUAUCAAGCAGCUACAAGAGUAUACAAUCAUUUGAAAGCUAAAGAUCGUCUUAAACUCAUCAAAUUACUUUACAAAGACAAUGUCAAUUAA